CCUUAACAAGACACGUUCAUCUCGACUAGGCUAGAGUUGAAACGUCCUACAGUACGCCAUUCAGAAAAUAACGUUUAGCCAUCACGUUUCUUUAUUUCUUUCCUUCUUUAUAUCAGGAGAAAAGCAACAGAAUUUCAGCAAUGAAUCCCGACCUUCACCGAGAAAGAGAAAACGCUACAAUCGAGCCGGAAAUAAUCACAAACAUACUGGACGGCGGUGCAGAGAAGACCCGGAGGAGGAGAGAAAUAGAAUCACUGGUCCUUAACGACCCUGACUUCCAGCAUGAAGACCUGAACUUUCUGUCCCGCAGCGAGCGCUACGAAGUGGCCUUAAAGAAGAGCAUCCAGAUGUUUUCGAAGCUCAGGGACUAUGGCAUCUCUGAUCCUGAGGAGAUAUAUUUCUAUAAGAGAUGCGUACACAACGGACGCUCCGAGCCUCUGGACCUGCACCUGGGGAUGUUUCUGACCACGCUACUGAACCAGGCCUCGCCGACUCAGCUGGACACCCUCUUCACACCCGCGUGGAACCUGGAGAUUAUCGGCACCUAUGCUCAGACCGAGCUCGGGCACGGAACGCACAUCCGUGGACUGGAGACCACGGCGACCUACGACCCCUCCACACAGGAGUUUGUCCUGAACAGCCCGACGAUCACGUCCAUCAAGUGGUGGCCAGGAGGACUGGGUAAGACUGCCAAUCACGCCAUCGUGUUGGCCCAGCUCUACACGCAGGGCAAGUGUCACGGCCUCCACGCCUUCAUCGUACCUAUACGGUGUAUGAAAACCCACCAGCCUCUGCCAGGCGUGGUUGUAGGUGACAUCGGCCCCAAGUUCGGCUUCGACGAGGUGGAUAACGGAUACCUGAAGCUGGACAACAUUCGGAUCCCGCGCGAGAACAUGCUGAUGAAGUACUCCAAGGUCCAACCUGAUGGCACGUACUUGAAGCCCCCCAGUGAUAAGCUGACGUACGGCACCAUGGUGUUUAUCCGCUCCAUAAUCGUAGGAGAAUCGGCCAUUGCUCUGGCCAAAUCCUGCACCAUCGCGAUCCGCUACAGCGCAGUCCGUCAUCAGUCUGAACUACGAGCUGGGGAGCCUGAGCCGCAGAUCUUGGACUACCAAGCUCAGCAGCAUAAGCUCUUCCCGCUGUUAGCCACAGCCUACGCCUUCACCUUUGUGGGCCAGUACAUGAAGAACACGUAUAAUCGCAUCACUGGAGACAUCAACCAGGGAGACUUCAGCCAGCUGCCCGAGCUCCAUGCUCUGGCUGCGGGUUUGAAAGCGUUCACUACCUGGACCGUGAAUGCAGGGAUUGAAGUGUGUCGCAUGGCAUGCGGAGGACACGGUUACUCUCGAAGCAGCGGCCUGCCGGACAUCUACGUCACCUUUACGGCCACGUGCACCUACGAGGGCGAGAACACCGUCAUGAUGCUGCAGACAGCCCGGUACCUGGUGAAGAGCUACCGACAAGUGCGCGACGGAAAGCAGCUCACUGGCACCGUGUCGUAUUUGAACGAAUCCCGCCAGCAUUUUCAGCCUCGACCCACGGGCUCCAGACCCACAGUCAUCAGCAUCAACGACCUGCAGAGCCUCGUAGAGGCCUACAAACUCCGUGCUGCCAACCUGGUGGAAACGGCAGCGAAGAGCCUGCAGACAGAGCUCCAGCACAGCAAGAGCCAAGAGGACGCCUGGAACAACAGCUCCUUAGAGCUCAUCCGAGCCUCCGACGCCCACUGUCACUAUGUAGUGGUGAAGCUGUUUGCUGCUAAGCUGAGUGAGAUCGGUAACACGGCCGUGUACUCCGUCCUCAGCACUCUGGCUCUGCUGUAUGCCCUGCACGGUGUUGCCAGCAACUCUGGAGACUUUUUGCAGGCUGGUCUACUGACCGUUCCUCAGCUGGCUCAGAUCACUCAGAGGAUAAAGGCCCUGAUGGCGGAGAUCCGUCCGAACGCUGUGGCUCUGGUGGACGCCUUUGACUACCGGGACGAGAUGCUGAACUCGACGCUAGGCCGCUACGACGGGAACGUCUACGAGAACAUGUUCGAGUGGGCCAAGAGUUCUCCACUCAACCGUACAGAGGUCCAUGAAUCAUACUACAAGCACAUGAAACCUCUGCAGUCCAAGCUGUGAGCAUGAAGCUGGGACUUCUCUUCACCGAACAUACAGUGCUGUGAGAAAGUAUUUGCCCCCGUCCUGAUUUCGUCUGUGUUUGUGUACAUCUCAUACUGAUAUAAUUUGAGAUCUUCAGUUGAAAUACAACAUAAAACAAAGGCACACUGAGUAAGCAUACGAUACAUUUUGUUGUUGUUGUUGUUGUUUUUUUAUUGAUGCCAAAAAAAAAAAAGUUAUCCAACACCUAUCACCCAUGUGAAAAAUGUAUUGCCCUCUUAAACUUAAAAUCUGAUUGUGCUACAUUUUAGCAGCCAUAACUGCAAACAAACGCUUCUGAUAACUGGAGAUCAGACUUUGACUGACUUCUCGGACUAGGACUUAAUCCUGUGAUCAUUGUCUUGCUGCAUAAUCCAGCCGCGCUUGAGUUUCAAUUUAGGGACUGAAGACCGGACAUUCUCCUUUAGGAUUUUCUGCGAGCAGAAUUCGUGGGGUUUUUUUCAAUUGCCCAGGCCCUGAAGCAGCAGAGCAUCCCCACACCAUCACACUUCCUCCACCACCACCAUGCUUGACCGUAGGUAUGAUGUUCUUCUUGUGGAAUUCUGUGUUUGGUUUACGCCAGAUGAAACGGAACUCCUGUCUUCCAGACAGUUCACUUUUGACUCAAUAAUCCACAGAACAUUCUCCCAAAAGGUCUGAGGAUCAUCAAGGUAUGUUUUGGCAAAACGACGAGCAUUAACGUUCUUCUGGGUUAGCACUGGUAUCUCUAGUCCAGCUGAACCCCAUUAUGAAUGCAGUUUCAUAGACUUGGGAAAUUAGUAACUAAGGGAGCAAAUGCAUUUUCACACAGGCCCAGUUGGUAUUGGAUAACUUUUUUUGCUUCAGUAAAUAACAUCAUCAUUUAAAAACUGUGUUGUGUGUUUACUCAGGUUGCCUUUGUUUUGUCUUAGAUAUUUUUUUUUCAUUUCUGAAACAAUUUAGUAUGAGAGAGACGCACACAACAACAGAGGAUAUCAGAACGGGGGCAAAUAAAUAUAUAAAUAUAUAAAAUCACGUGUAAUUUAUCUGACCGAGCGUUUGUGAUUCUAGUCCAUGUGAAUCAGAGUGCUGCUCUGGGAUCAGUUCCUCACUUAUUUUAAUUUUUUUGUAGGUUAAUUCUUUAAUCCAAAGCGACGUAGUAGUGAGGAAGUUUGUCGUGGCUGUUUCGGCAUUCCGAGGAUGUAAAUUCAGAACCGUCAUAACACUACUGUAGAAAUGUGACCAGUGAGCUCCACGGUUUGUCUUGCACAUUUUAGGUAAUCUGUGCAAAUAGACAGGGCUGCUGAUCCCAGGUCAGAACAGGAUAAAUAUGGGUCUGGAUGGAUAUACUGUAUGUGGUCCAGAGUGGAACAGAAACACUGCAUUCAGGAGACACUGAGACAUUUGAUAUCAGCGUCAAUGAUCUCAGUGAAAUGUGAUGGUUAUUACAUCUGUGAAAUGAAUGACCUGAAUCAUUUUUAGUAGGUACAGCAUGUUCUGAUGGUGUACCGAAACCGUUCGGUGGUCCCGAUGAGACUCCGCAUUUAUUGAAUUAUUGAUGUGUUGUUCCGAUCGAUUUUAAAACGUCACAACAACGUGUCCUUUUUAGAUCUCACAUCAACGUGCCCAUUCUCCCGAUUUUCAGAAAGGAUCUUCACAGUGAACUAACAUUGUACGUGUGAUUUUUCAUGAUUAGGAAGUAUUCGAAAACUCAAGACUAGACUUAAUGCUGUAUUAGAAGCAGUACAAAUAUAAAAUGAGACUGCCUGAUGCAUUGAAGCACCUUUUUAUACAACGAAGCCACGUGCAUCGUAAUAUUUUUCUCUGACCAGACUGGAUUCCCUAUUUCUAGAGAUUAGAAGGUUGUAUGAUUACGGAUAUUUGCGUGACCGUUGAAGGCACAGCUUUCGCUUCACUUUAUAACGUCCUGCCUCAAUUCGUUCACAUGGUAGUUUCAUUCACGGCCAGUGCAUUUCCGUCUCUUUGUUCUAUGGGGAAACUUUUUCCAUUGUGUCAAGUAAAUGGUUUAGUCUUGUUCACUUUCUGAUUUUUGACCCAUUUAUGCUGAAAUGAAUCGCUAGUAAAACUAGUCUAACUCUGUAGGGAAUGGGGAAUGCUAAAACCAUGGAAAUUUUAUUUCUGAUAGCUGGUGUCAAUCACUUGAUUAUGACAAAUAAAAUAUUCCCAAUCAAG